AUGGAGAAGCUGUCCAGGUACAAGGAAACGGUCAUCUUCGCCUCGUGCGCGGCGGCGCUGGUGGGGACGGUGCUGGUGCUCCAGAAGGCCACGACACCGUUAUCGCACAGACGACACGCCGGCUCCUCUGCCUCUCGAGGGGUGCCACGGUCACGAUCGGCCAGCCGCGGGCCCACCGGUGCCCGAAGCCGCGGCUCCAGCCGAGUCCGCGCGACGCAGCCCCACGACAAGGAGAGCGCUGCGUUGACGGUGCCGAUCAAUCCGGUCACGGCAGCGGCGGCCGGUGAUCGCAGUCACGCCAACCGCAACCGUGAUGCUUCUCAGGCACACACGCACCGCCAUCACGGGCACGUUCGUAACCCCUCGACAGCAGCAGCAGCAGCAGCAGAGACCAACGACCCUGCCACGAAGGUUGCUGAACCCGUCGCUGCACAAGUGCCGAAGAGACCGCUCACGGUAGAGGCUGUCGCACAGCACACAAAAGCACUCGGCACGGCCAAUGCGCUGCAGAAUGCGCUGCGUGCCGUCGACGUGGCGGGCGUAGCGGGCUCUCCUCGUGACACGUUGGCAACCGGUGGUGGUGGUGGCGAAGACGGUGCGAACUGCGGAAAUGCGUCCAAUGCCGCCACAGUGGGGAGUCAAGCACUGUAUGGCGCCUCGGCCACCUCCCCCGCGGUUGACGGUGCCGCCCAAGCUAUUCGUGCGAAUGGAGACAUGAAUGGCGAGGCGAUGCCGGGCUUAUCACCGCGCGGUGGUCCGGCUGUUCUCCCGCAGGCCGUGCCGACUCGCGGUGCGACCCACGCGUCGCCCCUGCCAAAUGCCGGCGCAACAAAAGCCGCCGGAGCGCCGACGCAGACGAACGUUCGCUGGUUCUGCCACGAUCGCGGAACGCAGACGGAGCCGACGGGCGACGGAGGAUCACCCGCGACGGCGAGCAUCACGCCAGACCGCUGGACGCACCCGGCACUGAUGAGCCCCAUUCUGCCCCACGGCGAAUGCACCGACUCGGCCGUGAUAAACGUGGAAGAUUUUGACUGGACUCCAAUGCGUGAGGCGGACAGUACGAAACCGAUGCACACGACAGCACUACCCCUCGAUGAACGGGGCGUACAAGGCGCCGUCGUCCCAUCGUAUUUUCUUUCAAAACUGGAGAGCCAGAUUCGAAUUCUUGUCCGUCACAUCUCGGACGACAAGGAAAGCGAGAAAAAUUGGAUGCGCUUAUACCUCUACUUGUCGGAGCUGCCGCUGACGGUGCGCAAAGCCUUGGCGGAGCGUCGGCGCUGCGGCGUUACAACGGACUUCACUGGCCUCGCCAUGACCAUGUCUCCGGCGAUGACUUAUUCUCCAGUUUCCGCUGUCGAAGACGACGAUACUGGCGCGCAAGCCGCAGCGCAGAAGUACACCGAACAAGUCACCGGGACCACUGCAACAGCAGCGACGCCAGCAUCGUGUUGCCUCCCAAAAGAUGUGUUGCACCUCUUGCAGCAUGGCACACCGCAGGAGGCGACGGCCUGUGCGCGCUUUACGUGGAAAGAUCACCGAUGCGUCUGCGUGGGCGGUGCGUUUGUGUCUGAUGCAUCCUCGGACCUCUUCGGCGCCGCCGCCGUUGUCGAUGCGAGGCGAGAUUUAACUGCUCGUUUUGCGCACCUGCAGCUCUCACCGUCGUCGUCUUCGUCGUCGUCUGUCAGAGGGGAGGAGGAGUCCAAUGACGCGCAUGACGAUGAAGCCAGCCCGUUUCCUGUCGUGGUUGCUGUGGCGAAGCACAUUGAAAAGUACAACGUUCUUCUCUCGGCGGGCACGGCAUCGCACUCACCAGAUGGGGUGGAAAUUGGAGCCGCCGCUCGGCAGGUCGAUGACCAAACUCCGGUCAGAAAUGCCCAUGAUCGAGCAUCGGAAGAGGCAGCGCUGGAACCCCUCCUCCACGAACAGCAGCGCCAGCAGCACCUCGCGUCGCUCGUAGCGGCCUUUUUGCAGCUCAAGCAAAGCGCCGGCUUUCAGGCACUGCGGCAGAGUCCACAGUUUUCGCCCUUCGCGUGCGACUUUGUCGAACUCGCGUCCGCGGCGCAACACUUUCUUGACGGCAGCUCUCUGUCGCCCGACGGCGGCUCAGCCCUGCUGCUGCUGCACGCGCCUGCCACACAGAAGCGGCUGGUGCUGUCCGAGGCGACAGACGCGCGCGACACUAGCAUUGGCACGACGACGUCGGCAAGGUCCGAUUCUAACCCUACGUAUGGCGCAGGAGGCCGCAGUCGACGUGGCGUGAAGGUACGCACGCCGAUGAAGCCGAGCAUUCGAUAUCCCAUCCAGCAUGUGCUGUCGAACUCGCCUUCUUCUCGGAACGUUUCGUAG